UUUCACUAGAGCAGUCAUGACAAAAAUUGCUGUCGUAACUGGUUCAAAUAAGGGCAUUGGAUAUGCCAUAGUCAAGGGCUUAUGUCAGAGAUUCGAUGGAGUAGUGUAUUUAACAUCGCGAGAUGAGACCAGAGGAAAGGAAGCUGUUGAUAAAUUAAACAAAAUAGGACUUCAUCCAGAAUAUCAUCAACUGGACGUAGCUGACAGAAGCAGCGUAGUGAAAUUCAGAGAUCACAUCAAAGAAAAGUACGGAAGAAUCGAUAUUCUUAUUAAUAAUGCAGCCGUUGCGGAUGCAGCCUUAACUUCUUGUACGUAUGAAGACGCUACCAGAGUUAUCAGUAUAAACUACAAAAGCAUUUUCACUUUGAAAGAGUUAAUUUAUCCAUUAGUUAGAAACAACGGUCGGAUUAUCAAUAUUUCGAGUGAUUGUGGUCAUCUUUCGAAUAUCAGAAAUGAGUAUUGGAUACAGAGGUUAUCCAAAAAGGAUAUAUCAGAAGCUGACGUUAAUGAAUUCGUCGAUUGGUACCUGGCGUCUAUAAAGAAUGGUACAUUUAAUCGCGAGGAUAUCGCUGAUGGAGCUGCUGCCGCAUCAUACAGAGUUGCUAAGGUAGCUCUUAGUGCUGUAACUAUGGUUCAUCAACGUGAGCUGCUGUCGAAGAAUAUCUCCAUCAACUCGAUGCAUCCCGGACUGGUACGCACUGACAUGACUCACGGAUCUGGCUUCUACAGUAUAGAUGAAGCAGCUGAGACGCCAAUCUAUCUCGCUCUUGACGCUCCACAAUCAUUAAAAGGUGCUUACGUGUGGUUUGAUAAGAGAGUGUUAGAUUGGUAUGAUUACAAGGCCGAUUAUUAUUUUAAAGUAAGCACUUUGAAUAAAUAAAAUAUGAAUGUACCGUA